AUCACCCUCCCAAUAGUAGAAAGUGCACGUUCCGCCUCCGCCUGCUUCGCGGAGUGUACAGCUUAGGUUGCUGCUCUGCUUCGCCCAUCGCCAAAGAUUUUUUUGGAGGGGGCUAUUUACUGAUUACUGUCAUGGAUCUUAAACCAUUUAAACUAGACAUAGAUGAGCUUAUAAGUGAAUUCGCUGAGGGUGGAUCAACUACUCUCGCUGAGAUGAAGAAAGUAUGGCUUUCAAAAAAAUUCUCCUUUAUUUUUGAGGCAAGUCCUUCUACAAAUCAGGCAUGCUUUAUGCAAUCACUCUUUGCUUAUUCCGUUGGCUAUGCAGUAUCUACUCGUUCUUUAUCACAUAGACUGGGUGGCAUUUAUUGCUUAUAUUGCCUUUUCGAGACUCAGCCAUUCAAGCCUCUUUUUAAGAUAUAUCUAUCUCUUGGAGAAUUGAAGAGGCUGCAAAACCUUGUUGCAGAUGCAAAAGCCAACAAUAUAAAUGUUGUCUGUGCUUUAGUCAAAAGAAUGCUGGAUAAAAACAUGUUUCUCUUUGGGUUUGUGGAUAUAAACGAAGGCUCUGCAACAGAGAGAGUAAAUGAGCUUACAGAAAUACAGAAUGCUAGAGUCCAGACAGCAUAUGCGAAGUUGUUUGCAAACACAAAAAUUGAGCACUUCACCCAUUUGGACAUGGGAAUGGAACUUGAUGCGGAUUUGAUCAAGCAAAGAUCAACAGAAUAUGCAAUGGCCAAGAAACGAGCCAUUGAAGAGGCUAGCAAGAUUGGAGAUAUUGAAAACAUAAAACACAUAUCGGAGAAUAAGAGAUUGAUUGGAGAAACAAUUCAGCUGAAAGUUGCAGAUUGGAAUGCACAGAAGGAUGCAUUCUAUCAACAAACAGGAUGUGGUCGUCAGUUGGCUGUAGAAUCUCUACAACAGGAAGAACCGAUGCAAGUUGAUAGAAACUUAGAGGAAGCGGGCGAAUUGCAGGAAGACAACAACGAUGACUUUAGCAAGGAACUGGAAGAUGUUCUUUUGUCCGAACAGCUCUUGCUCGAAGAUUUCGACUAGGAAUACUGAUUAGGUUCAAGAGUAUUACCAUCUUAUAAUUCAACCUCAAGGAUGUGAACUCUUGAUCUUCUGCAGUCAUGUCCUAAUAGUUCAAGGUGCACUUUCUUGGUUUGGCAGAUAAGUAAGCACCAAAUCUUCCACAACCCCAACCUCCAUUGAAACUACAGCCACUGGUUCUGUGCUCAGGUUCUUGAUUUGAAAUAAUUGAUGUAUAAAGUUUAUAUUAAAAAAAUUAUAAUUUUAUACUC